UUGGGUGCUGCAGCCGCAUUUAGACGCCCUGACAAUUCGGGUUGGAUAGUUGUGCCCCCCUGAGAAACCGCCAGCUUCUUUUACACUACCUCCAUACCUCCCCACACACGCACUCAAUGUCGUCAGACACAGGGGAAACCGGCAAGGCCGGCGUUAUCGUCGCUCCCGAAGAUGCGGACCCCAUGGGCAAGCUUUCCCAUGCAGUGCUCGACGACCUUCUAUACAACAUCGUACAUGACCUUCUGAUUAAGGUGCACCGAGAUGAGAAGAUUGCCCGCGCCAACACGGCCGCCAUCAAGGUCGAGAAGCUGGCUAUGAACGCGUCAGACGGCUCAACAGACAGGCCCGACGUCGAAAUAGAGACCGAGGCGGCGACGUACAAGGACGGCAAGGUGGCGCUAAAGGGCAAUCCUCUCAAGACGACCAAGGAGAUCCUAUGUCCGCGCUGCCACCUCCCGCGGCUGCUAUACCCCACCGACGGGAAGGGGGCGAAGAAGCCAGACCCGGGCGUCAUCUACUGCAAGAAACACCCGUACAUCGACAAGCCGGGCUACGACAUCUACGGCCAGACGUGGGUCGCUCCUGGCCCCGGACGAGGCAAGAAGAAGAAGGAUCAAAAGCUGGACCCGAACGACCCCAGCUCCCCCGCGCCGGGCGAAGGAAGCGCGAAGGACCGGCCGCCGAACGUGCUCAGCUUCCCCAGCGCGACGUGCUCCAAGUGCAAGCGGUGCAUCCUGGUGACGCGCCUCAACAACCACAUGGGGUCGUGCAUCGGCAACAGCGGGCGCAACGCCAGCCGAGCGGCCGCGCAGAAGAUCAGCAACGGAAGCAACCCGGGGAGCCAGAACAACGACAACACGCCGCCGGGCAGCCAGAAGGGCACGCCGCUGCCGGCCAGCCGCGCCGCCAGCCCCAGGAAGCGCGACGGCGACGAGUUCGACGAGGACGCCGACGAGUCGGACCCGACAAACCCGAAGAAGAAGAAGCUCAAGCCCAACCCGCUGACCAAGAAGGUGAUUUUGAAGGCGAAGAGCCCCGCCACGCCCGGAGCCGUCAAGAAGGACAAGCCUCCCAAGGGCAAUUCGAUGCUCAACGUGGAGCAGAAGGCGGACGACGGCGCGGCGAAGGACUCGACGACCGUGCAGGUGGCGCCCAAAAAGCCGACGCCCACCCCGAAGGCCGCGUCGCCGGUCAAGAAGAUCAAGCUCGGGCCGGCCAAGCCGCCGCUGCCCUCGCCCGCGGGGAAGAAGGCCAAGCGGGACCGUGAUGUGGAGAGCGAGUCGUCCGGCACGCUGUCCUCGCCGCCUCACUGAAAUCGUUGAGCGUCAACCGAGUGUUCCGAGAGCGCAACAUGACGCUCGGCUCUUGAGUCUCCACUGAGGAAGAG